AUGGACGACAGCGCUCUCGGCGACGCUCUGUUCUCGCCCUCCAAAGCCGCCCAGCAGCGCGCUCAAGCCCAAGACUGGCAGCAUGUCGAAGCCUGGCUAUCAUCCCUGUACCCGGGCCGCGCCUUGCCGACGUUCGAGCGCAACGAGGAGACGCUGAAGGCGCUACUGGAACUAGCUGCCGCAAACGAACGUGCGGAUGAAGAGGCGACAAUGCUGGUGGCAUUAGAAGAGGAGGUCCGCCACGAGAUGAGUGAGGCAGGUGUAGGGACAGCGGAUGAAGAAGCGGACAAACAGCUGCUGCAUUUCAUCGAGGAAAACCUCACAAGCGAUGGCAAGCACAGUCUCGACGCUUUGGCCCAACUCUCCACAAUCCUCAACACGCCAUCCGCAGACCCGGAGCUACUCGCCCACGAACUCUUAGCCACCACCACCCACACCCACACCCUCACCACCCACAUCGCCACCCUCUCCCACCUCCACGACCUCCUCACCACCGACCUCGCCAACCUCAACCAAACCCUCCACACCAUCACCACCCUCCCAGCCUUCGCCCCGCCCCCGCCCUCCCUCUCCCGCCAAACCGCCGACUACGCCCGCCAAACCAAAGCGCUCCUCCCCAAGCUCCAAGAAUACGCCGACCGCCUCGCCGCGCUGCCCCUCCCCGGCGGCGCAGCCACCACGCUCGACGACGUCUACCCGCCGCCCUCGCCGGCGCACUCCCCCACGAAGAAGCUCACCCACGCCCGCACCCGCUCCAUCCCCCGCCCCGCCAACGCCAACCCCUUCGACGCCCCCGGCGCCGCGGCCAGGUGCUUGGCCACCGGUGGCGGCGGCGGCGGGGGGCCGCUGUCGUCCGAGGCGCUGGCCGCGCUGGCGGCGGCGGAGCGCGAGGUCGCCGACGUGCGGGCGGCGGUGGCGCGGCUGGAGGCGCGGGUGCGCGCGUACAAGGACCUGCCGGCGGACAGGGACGAGGCGAGGCGGGUGGUGAGGGAGAGGGAGGGGGUGUUGGCGGAGAUGAGGGAGAGGAGGGAUGGCGGGUUUGAGGCGUUGGUUGGUUGA